AUGACAACUCAUUAUUUAAUAGUGGGAGAUGAUUAUAAUAUCCUGUACAUGCUUAUGGAAUAUAUGCAGUUCGUUUUCUACACUAGCAUCUGUUACUACUUUUCUUUCCAAGUAUACUCGCUUGUCGGGCAUUUAAGUCGAAUUGAUAGACUUGGAUCCUGCUUGCUUGGGUUCAAUUUUUUAUAUUUAUCAGGCUGCGCUCUUUAUUUCGUAAUUGAACAGUUUAAUGAUAAAGACAUAUACAGCUGCAGAACAGGGCUUUGGCUUUAUAUGAGAUCCAACAGCUUUGUCUUAACUUCUGUUUUUCUUAUGAUUGGGAUCAGAACAAGAAAGCAGCUCAGAAUUGUUAGCACUUCAACGAUUUUUAUUACAAAUCUAGACAAAGAGAAACAAUUAUGGUGAAAUCUAAUUAGGUAUUUACUAAUGAUCAUCUUUACUUCAAGCACAGCUAGUUUUUUCAACAAUAUUUAUUACUUUAUAAAUACAAAGCCUAAUUGCAAUGAAUAUUUUGAUGGAAACCAAAGCUUAAAUAUUUUUUUAUUUGCCAUGACAAGGGUGAUUUCUCAUUAUUUACCUAUCACAGCAUGUCUCUAUGUUUUUUGGAACAGCAUGAAGCCGACACCUAUAGAUAAACGUGUAAAUAUUAUGCAGGAUAACCUUUUGGAGAGCUUUGAGAGUUCGCCAAGGGAUUUAUAUGAAAGUCUUGCUCAAUCACGAUUGCGAUUCAGCUCAGUUAUAAGCAAAGAACCAUCUUUAUAA